ACCUACAAACCUGUGGUUUCAACUUGUCUCAAGGAAAAAAAAAAACAGGAGUAUAUAAGAAUAACAAAGUUGUCCCUUUUUAUCUCAUUCUCCAAGGAAAAACACAUAAACUUCCACUAAAACAAUGGGGAAAACAAAGAAAUAUUGUUUUGGUCUUUGUUUACUCAUUUCUGUAGCUAUUAAUAUACUGUUUAGCAUAAAUCUUUAUGUAGGUGGAGGUCAGUGGGGUGAGAAGAAGCAUGAGGAUAGUUGCCAGCCGGUGCUGAGUUGGAGCGAGAAAGCAGCAGCGGAGGCUGAGGCGGUUGCAGCGAUCUCAUGCUCCGGCCAUGGUAGAGCUUAUGUGGACGGUUUGGUUUUUGAAGGUCAACCUAUUUGUGAGUGCUUUGAUUGCUAUGGUGGUAGUGAUUGCUCCGAAUUAUCUCCUGAAUGUUCUGCAGAUGCUGAUAGUGGGGAUCCGUUGUUCUUGGAGCCAUUCUGGAUGCAACACGCAACUGAAAGUGCAGUUGUCAUAUCCGGGUGGCAUCGUAUGAGUUACCGAUACGCUGACUACACUACCAUGUCUAAAGAGCUCGAAAAUUACAUUCGCAAAAUACAUUUACUUGUUGGGAAUGCAGCUACAGAAGGGCGAUAUAUAGUGUUUGGUAUCGGCUCAACCCAACUUCUUAACGCAGCUGUCUAUGCCCUCUCCUCAGAAAACUCUUCCUCAUCUUCCAACGUGCUCGCUUCAAUCCCUUUCUAUCCGAUGUACAAGGCACAAACCGCAUUCUUUAACUCAGAGAGUUUUGAGUUUGAAGGAGACACAUACUCAUGGCAAUCAAAUAAUUCGAAAAAUAAUGAGGAUGUGAUUGAAUUUGUAACCUCCCCAAACAAUCCGGAUGGGGAGUUGAAGAAAUCGGUUCUUGGAGGGAAGACGAUAUAUGAUCAUGCCUAUUAUUGGCCACAUUUUACACCAAUCACGGGCCCUUCAGAUCAUGAUCUCAUGAUCUUUACUCUUUCUAAGCUCACAGGUCACGCUGGCACACGUUUUGGGUGGGCAGUGAUUAAAGAUAAAGAUGUAUAUGAGAAGGUUCUAAACUAUAUCUCAAUAGCUGAUUUGGGGAUUUCAAAAGAUACCCAAUUAAGAGUUUUGAAGCUUUUAAAAGUAGCUGUUGAAGGCGAUGGAAAACCGCUUUUCGAAUUUGCUUACAAUACAAUGAGGGAGCGUUGGGAUAGGUUGACUUCUGUCUUCUCAAAGUCAACAAGAUUUUCAAUUCAAAAAAGACACCCUUUGCAUUGCAACUUCUUCAAUGAAACUAGGCUAGCAUCUCCAGCUUACGCAUGGGUAAAGUGUGAGCGAGAAGAAGACGAUGACUGUGGUGCAGUGCUAGAAGCAGGAAAAAUCAUAGGCCGUAUUGGAAGCACCUUUAGUGCCAAAGAUCGUUAUACCCGACUUAGUCUCAUAAAGAGCAAAUAUGACUUUGAGUUGCUUCUACAACGACUCACUGAGUUAGUGUUGCGUGAAAAUGGCAGCAUCCAGACAAUGUGAGAAGAUCAAAUGAAUUUAUUGGUAUUUCAAGAAACAUAAAAGGGUCGGUUAACGAUUGUGUUAUAUAAACUUGUUGGGUGUUUUUGUUUUAGGCAAUCUUAUUCUCGUUGCCUGUAAAAUGUAACUGGACACAAAAAAGGAAGUAUAGAAGUGUGUGUAUAAAUAUAUAUAGACGUAUACGAAUUAUACAACAAAGAAUGUAAAGUUUGAUAUUUAGACAAUAAAUAAUAUGUAUACACGCACAUACGCAUACGUAUUAGAAUGUGCAUGGCUGUGUUGUUAUUA